CGUCAGCAUGGCCGCCGUGCCUCCUGCUCCGGGGGAGACACAGGGCACCCUGGAUCCCCGCAGGAAGACUCUGGCGGCUGCUGUGGCAGGCAUCCUGCAGGAGGCGGGGUUCCUGGCAUUUGAGAAGGCAGCCCUGGGCACCCUGACGGAGAUGCUGCAGAGCUUGCUGCGGGAGAUAGGCCGCAGCACUCGGGCAUACUCGGAGUUGGCCUAUCGUACGGAGCCAGUGGGUGCUGAUGUGGUGAUGGCGCUGGUGGACAUGGGCAUCACUCUAGAGGGCCUGCAGAUGUUCCGUUCGCGGCCCAACAGAGUGGUGAUCACGGCGCCCUCACAGCAGGUGGACCUCAAGCAACACAAUGUCCUGCAGGUCGGGGAUAAGAAGUCACACCCGGCACACAUCCCUGACCACCUGCCACCCUUCCCUGACACGCACACCUACUGCUUCUCCCACACGUACAAGCAGCCGGUGACAGAGUACGAGGCGAUCCGAGAGAAGGCCGCAGCACAGAAGAGGGACAUAGAGAGAGCGCUGACCAAGUUUGCCACCAAGACCAGAGACACACAGAAUCUUUUCCUCACUGAUGACAAGGAGUAUUUAUUGGUGGCAGUCGAGCCAAAUCCCAAGGCAUAUCUGGAUGCCCUGAUGCCACGGGACCAGGUCUUUGAGGAGGAGGAGGAGCACCACACCAAGAAGAAGAGAAGGAUAGUCACUGAAGAGAGUGACCCAGGACAGGAGAAAGAUAAGUUGAAUGAGUCACAGGAAGGGGAGCUGGACAACCCUUACCUGCGCCCUGUCAAGAUGCCACGGAAGGGCAAGGCCAAGAAGUGAGGUGUUGGGGUGACUAGUGAGAGGCUUGCAGGGCACCACCAACACCAGCCUGCCAUGAUCAAACACCACACCUCUCUUUUCUUGUCACUCAGAGGUAUUGGUGAGGUAAAAAGCAGCAUCCCUAGUAACAAGUAUAGACACCACCACUCUUCCUGCCACUCAGAGGAAUUGGUGAGGCAAAAAUAACCAUCCUUAGUUACAAGUGUGGCAAAGACUGGAAUGAAGAUGAGGAAAAGAAGACUAGGAAAUAUUGCAGCAUUAUUUUUGAUAUCUUGGUUCUUAAAAAAAUCUGAAGGCAAGGUCCCUAAUACCAGUAACAAGAUCAAGUAUGGCAAAGACUGGAAUGAGGAUGAGGAAAACAAGACUAAGAAAUGUUACAGCACUAUUUUUUAUCUCAUGACUCUCAAAAAAUUUAGAGGCAAGGCAGACAUAUCAAGAUAGAUAGAUAACAGCACAGAAGAUGGAGCAGAGUACCAAGAAAUGAGGCUGGCAAGACCAAACUUCAAAUCUUCCCUGUUAGUGAGGCAAGCUGAGGCCUCCCAAGUAACAGAUGAAGUAAAACAACAACUGUAGAAUGAUGAUAGAACCAGGAAUAGGAAAUGUUAAAGCACUGAAGAUCAUAAAACCAAGAAUAGGAAAUGCUCAAUCACUAAAUUUUCCAGUCAGUAUGUUUUCAAAAAGCCUGAAGAGUGAAGACCAGACAGAUACAUCAACAAGAGAUGUGGCUAAGAGGACAGACUAUAGAGCAGAGAAAAUGAGGAAGUUGUCAUCACUUGUUAUCAUCACCAAGAAAGACAUCAAUCACUGAACAUGGAGAAUAAGAGACAAUCCUGAGAAUGUUAAGAGCAAAGAAAAACAUGAAAAAAAAAAAAUAUGAAGACUUAACCCCUUCAGUACUGGGAUGUAUUUUUACCUUAAGAUUUGUGUACAAUUAGACCAUUUUGAUGACAUUAGGAAGGUUGUAUGGAGGUCAGAGGAUAAUUGGCCACAGUCUUCACUAUUUUAAUUCCAACAUAAAUUUGUGAAGCUGUAUCAAAUCAGCAAAUAGUCACCAGAAGGAAUUUGAAAACACGUACUGGUAGUGAAGGGGUUAAUGAAUAUAAAUACCAGGAUAAAAGUAAGAAUAUCAACUGAAAACAUGAAAAAGAAUUAAAAGGUUAAAGAAUUAAGAAGACCAGAAUAAGAUACUACAAACAUCAAGACAUGCCUGAGAAUGUUAAGAGCAAAGGAGAACAUGAGAAAAAUGGUGAAAAACUUAAUAACCAGAAUAAAACACAAACAAUAUCACUAGAAAAGUAAGCAUGGGAUUUGAUAACUUGAUAAAUGUAAAAGAAGUUGAUAUGGCAAGCAAAGAAUAGCAUACCUUCAUAGUACAAAUGGAGCAAACACAGACAUGCCAAGAUGCUGAAGGUAACACUGAAACCUGCAAAACAAGAGUAGCAUAGUGAGGGCUGGAUGGGUAUUGGGGGCUACACCUAAGACUGAUUUAUACAAGACUAAUAGAAAAAUAAAAAAAAAAUGGUACCACUUGUUA